CCCAGAGUUCUUGAAUGUUGUUUUCAUCUGUGAUAUCCUUUAAAGAAAAAAAUUGAUGAAAGAACAAAAAUUUAAGUUCAUUUCCGGUGGCUAAUUUUUUUUCCAUAAAUGGAAUACAUCAGCUUCGAGAGCGUGUGCCGCUGCUGCCUGACCAACUCCGGCAAGUUUUCCUCAAUCUUCGAGAUCUACAACGAUUACUACAUGCCGAAGGUGAUUCUGGCCUGCACCGGAUUGACCAUUCUUCAGUCCGACGGCCUUCCUGAUGUGGUCUGCGAACCAUGCCUGCUAAAACUAAUCACGGCGUACGAAACGCGCAGGCAGUUCCUCCGCUCGAACAGCCAACUCAAGGAGCAGCUGAACCGGUUGAAACAGUCGGAGCAGGAAAUCUUGAAGGAGCUCAAAACGACCACUGCCAAAUGUGGCGCCACUUCGGCGCUGGAAGAGGAGGGACUCUCUUCGGUUGAUGCCGCUGCGGUUGUGGAGGACAUGCUGGAGGCUGGCCCGAUAACAACUUGGGACAACGAGAUUAACAUGCACAUUGAGCAGCUGCAGGACGCGGGGGCGACGGAACUGGCCGCGGCUGGGAACAUUGAGGACUGUUUGGAUGAGUUGGUCAUUGAGAAGUAUGAGACGUUGAUGUGCGACGGGAGUACGCUGCUGAGUGGGUUGGAUGGGGGCGUGAUGGAGGGGGAGGUUGGGGAUGAGGUUAGUUACUCUCCGUUUAGGGAGGGGAACAGUCCGGGGGUAGACGAGGACGUUGACUUUUCUUCGUUUUCGGAGUAUAGUGAGGAGUCGGAGGAGGAGGAAGAUCGUCAGGAUGAGAAGGACUUGGAGAUUGAGCAAGAGAAAGAAGAACCUCAGAGUUGUUCGAUGUGCAAUAAGACGUUCAGAAACAAGCGACUUCUUCAGAGGCAUGUCCUGUACCACAACGCCAGCAAAACCAGCUGUCCAAUCUGCUCUAAAACCUUUACCCACACAAGUAACCUGAAGCGACACUUGAAGACCCACAAGCCACCUCCGGAAGGCUUCACCUGUCCCGAAUGCCCGAAAAGCUUCACCCAAGGAUCUCAACUGUACGAUCACCUCAAAGUCCACAAAGGUCCCCCGCCGGAAGAGUCCGGAUCAUACGUGAUGCACUGCGACUUUUGCCCCCUGGAAACGACCUCCCUGGCCGCCUUCACAUCCCACAUGACCAAAGAACACACCGUCCCCAAAGACCAAAUCCACCCCUUCCGGUGCCACCUCUGCCCAACGCGAUUCGUCGCCAAGCAGGGAAUGCUCCGCCACGUCCAAAGUGUCCACCAGAACCAGAAACGUCGCGAAGCGAACGACCCGGAAUCCCGCAAAUUCCUCUGCACGCAGUGCGGCAAGCGAUUCCUGCGUAAGCGCCACCUCGACGAGCACACCAACUCGCACAGCGGCGACCGCAAGUACGUCUGCGAGUGCGGACACUCGUUCUCGCAAAAGUCCGGCCUGAACCUGCACUACCGAACCAAGCACGAGAACCGGAAGGUCCACACCUGCGACGUGUGCCAGAAAACGUUCGCCCAGUCGGCGCACCUCAAGCAUCACGCGUUGAUUCACUCGAACGUUAAGAAGUUUGAGUGCACCAUUUGCGGGCAUCGCUUCCGCGUGAAGAGCAACCUGGUGACGCAUAUGCGGGUGCACCGGAAGCAUCCGUACUGCUGCGGCGAUUGCGGCGGGGAUUUCGAGGACAGCCGCAAGCUGGAACAGCACAUGGCGAAGGAGCAUGGGGGGAGGUCGCGGAAGGGGACCGGAAUGGCUGCGGUACAGAAGCCACUUGUCGAUCAGGGUGCAGAUUGAGGGUUGGUACUUCUCGGACAUAAUCAACGUCAGAACCUAUCGUGCUGCUAACAUCGACUCGGAACAUGAAUUUGCUGCAGAGUUGUCAGUGUUUUGUCAGCCUAGAGUAACAAUCGAAGCAACCUGGUUAUCUCAUCACAAACGUCAUCCGUCAUUUCAAUUCUGACACUAAAAACGACUAAGCAGCAACAAGUCUGCUCUAACAAAAAUAAAACGUGACAAGACUCCCAGAAGUAUGCAAGAUCUGAAGAGCCAAGCGGUACCGAUUCCCGAAACCUUGCCUACACUAGAAGCCUGCUGGAGCUGAAUGGAAGCAGCCAUCAACGUAGCGGCAUCGAGCGCCAUCGGGUAUGUGGACCGAGUUCGACGGAACGAAUGGUUCGACGAGGAAUGUCAGAUGAUUUUGGACCGGAAGACAGCAGCGCGUCCACAAGUGACUGCUGCACAACACCCGUGGGACCAAAGAGUCGUACAAACAGUUGCGAAGACAGCAAACCCGUUUCUUCCGAGAUAAGAAGCGCCGCCUGGAAGAGUUGGAGUGCCAGAACAAGGAACAGCUGAAUCGCUCCAACGAAACGAGCAAAUUCUACAAGAAACUCAGUCAAUCCGAGAAAGGCUUCAUGCCGCGGGCCGAAAUGCGCCGGGAUAAGGACGGAGGAAUCUUGACGGACGAGCGUGAGGUGGAAGCAGUACUUCGACGAGCACCUGAACGGCCCGGAGCCAGCAACCACGAUGAGGGAAGUUAAGGAUCUCAUC